GCAGUCUUAAAAUUUGUCAAUGACAGACUUGUUGACAGAGAUGACGCCUCUUGGAGAGAUGAAGUCCAACAAAACUUCUUAGAAUGCAAAGAAGACACAUGCGCUGUUCUUGAAGAUGAAAUAGAAAACAGAAUAGAAGAGCUAUUAAAGGACAAAGAACUUUUACAAAAAUAUGGUUCUGAGAAGUUUGACAUAACUCCACCAGAAAAGAAGAAGAGAGAAAAGAAAGAAAAGAAAGUAGAAGAAGAGAAGAAAGAACCUGAACCAGUUCCAGAGAAGAAGAAAUUUGACAUGUAA